AUGUUUCUCCCCAAUACCUCAGAGGUUGAAGUCUCCACAUUCCUGCUGAUUGGGAUCCCAGGGCUUGAGCAUAUGCACGGUUGGAUCUCCAUCCCUAUUUGCCUCAUGUACCUCAUGGCCAUUGUGGGCAACUGCACCAUCCUCUGGGUCAUCAGAACAGAGCCUUCCCUGCAUGAGCCCAUGUACUAUUUCCUCUCCAUGUUGGCCCUGUCUGACCUGGGCCUGUCUUGCUCCUCCAUUCCCACUAUGCUGAGUAUCUUCUUGUUUAAUACCAUGGGGAUUUCUGCUAAUGCAUGCAUUGCCCAGGAACUCUUCAUCCACGGAUUCAUAGACAUGGAGUCUUCAGUGCUCCUGAUCAUGUCCUUUGAUCGCUUUGUAGCCAUCCGUCACCCCCUGAGAUAUAGCUCCAUCCUCACCAACUCCAGAGUUGUACAAAUUGGACUAGUAUUUACUGUUAAAAGCAUUAUCCUAGUGCUUCCCCUUCCUUUUACGUUAAAGAAACUCAGAUACUGUAAUAAACGCCUGUUAUCACACUCCUACUGCCUCCACCUGGAUGUCAUGAAGCUGGCCUGCUCUGACAAUAGGGUUAUUUACUACGGGUUGUUUGUUGCACUCUGCAUGAUGUCAGACAGUGUAUUCAUUGCUUUCUCUUAUGUGUUCAUCCUAAAGACUGUGUUGGGCAUUGCCUCCCAUGGGGAGCAGUUCAAAGCUCUUAACACCUGUGUGUCUCACAUUUGUGUUGUGCUAAUCUUUUAUGUGCCAAUCAUCACCUUGGCUACCAUGCAUUGCUUUGCUAAGCAUAAGUCCCCUUUAGCUAUGAUUUUGAUAGCAGAUGCUUUCUUGUUGGUUCCACCCUUGAUGAAUCCUAUUGUGUAUUGUGUAAAAACUAGACAGAUUAGGAUAAAGGUCUUAGAAAAAUUGAGUCUGAAAUCUAAGUGA